AUGUUUAGAGUACAAAGAAUGGAAGCAGAAAGCGUGUCAAGAAGUGUUUUGUCUGAAAUAGAACAGGACUUUGGAGCAAUCGUCUUUCCGAGAAGAACGAAGAUCAGAUACAAAGAAAGUGUCACUAUUCUUCGUGGCAAUCAUGAGUCUCGACAAAUUACUCAGGUUUACGGGUUCUAUGACGAGUGCCUACGCAAGUAUGGUAAUUCGAAUGUAUGGAAAUGCUUCACCGAUCUUUUUGACGGUUCCCCCCUCACCGCUCUUGUGGAUGGUCAAAUAUUUUGCCUCCACGGUGGUUUAUCCCCAUCGAUCGACACCCUCGAUCACAUAAGAGCUCUCGAUCGUAUACAGGAAGUUCCGCAUGAAGGCCCUAGGUGCGAUCUCUUGUGAUCUGACCCCGAUGACCGCAAAGGCUGGGGAAUCUCCCCACGUGGUGCUGGCUAUACUUUCGGUCAGGAUAUUUCCGAGACUUUC